UGAAUCAUUAAUUUGGGGAAUAACCAGAAGGUGUUGCUGUCUCGUGAGCGCUGGAACCGGAACAGUUGGGCACGAUUUUGGAUUUCUUACAUUUGUUGUUCAUGCCACGUAUAUCAAAUAUUUGCAAUUGAAAGUUGCAAAAAAUACCGUAGUUAGGAGUUCUGAUGUUCUAGAUAAAAUUCAAUGUAGUAAGAUCAGUAUUUUUGAAAUUUUGCGUCGGCCAACUGAACCAGUAUAACGAUGUCCUGCCCAACUGGUGUAUUAAUAGAUUUUACCAACAGUGAGCAAUCCAAUGAUAAAAAUACUACACAGAAUGUACCGGUACCAGAAUCUACCAACUCCAGUGAAGUAAAUACCUCAGUGACUUCUGUUGUUUCAUCAAGUGAAUCCGGAAAUAAAAAAGGCAAACUAUGCGGCUAUUUAACGAAAAUAUCAACCACUGGACUAAUGAAAACAAUGAAAUCAAGAUGGUUUAUUUAUGCCCCUGAGACUUGUGAGUUGGCUUACUACAGAUCAUCUGACAGUGAUAUUGCUAAUAAUACUUCACUGGGUAAGAUUCCAUUACGACAAGCUUCAUUUAGCGUCACAGCUCCUGAACUGCAAGACAAUAUAUUUACAAUCACUGCUGAGAAUGUGACACAUAAGUUGCAGGCAAGUGACCGCAAAGCAUUGUUAUGGUGGCUGCAGGAGUUACAAUCUCAUCGACGUGUAUUCAACACAAAUCAUUCUUUCGACACAGAUGAUAAAACAGAAUGGCACGGAACUUUAUUAGGCUCAAGCGUCUUCUGGGUUCCCAACACCACUGAUACUUGUAAAGGGUUACUUACUGUUGGACCUGCUAAAAAAAGACAAACUGAUGAUGGAGGUUUAAACUUGAACAUUCUUCCCCAUAUUGACCAACCACCAGAUACUGUGGCUGGUACGGCUGCGUCUCCGAAACGACAACCAUCAUUAAAUGUCUUGUCCAACAGUAGCCUGGCUAGUUUAAGCGCUCGGAUGCCAAGUUUAAAUGCAGCUAUCUCUAAUGCAAGUGAAGUUGCAAUGAAAGGUUUGAGAAGCAGUGCAAGUCGACUACGAGCUCCAACUUUUUCUGUUCGAGGAUCAGACAAAGUAGAUCUUGGUUUAAAGAACUCAUUAUCUGGUUCAUUGACUGACAUUCGACAAGCCAUAAAUAGUAGUGAGAAUAAAACACCCAACAUUCAAACACAAGUUGAAAGUUUGCAAAAUAAAAAUGAUCGUCUCAAUGAAGAACUGGAGCUGUUGAAAAAUAGUCUUCAAACGAAAGAGGAAACUGUUCAAGUUUUAAAAUUGGCGUUACAAGAAAAAGAAAGUAAUCCAAACCCAAACACAGGUGGCACAAAAUCUACCAGCAAUCUAAGAUCUGAACUGAUCGAGAUCAGAAUGAAAAAUGAAAGUCUUCAACAAAAUUUGAAUGAAUCCAAAGAAAAGGAGACUGAACUGACUGAACAGAUAUGUAUGUUGCAUGAAAUGAUAACAGCAAAGGACCAAGUUUUAGUUCAACUAAGUAAUGAGGUAUAUGAACUUGAAUCUUCUUACAAGUCCCUGUUAAAUGAGAACUCAACAUUAAAAGAAAACAAAAGUGAGGAAUUUGUCAUGGUUGCUCCUGUUGCAGAAGAUGUGGAUUUACUUAAAGACACACUUGAAGGAUAUACAGUUCAGAACAAGUUCUUGAACAUGGAGAUACUAGAGUUGGCAAACCUGAGACAACUCGAUACUCGGAAAAUAAAAAUGUUAAGAGACAGAUGCUCACAACAAGAAGCAGAAUAUUGUCAGCUUCACAGCAAAUACCUCGUUCUACUCUCGGAGAUGAACAAACCGAGAACAGAGAGUUUAGGACUCACAGUUUCUGGCACAAAGAUCGCUGGAUCCUCGGAUGCGGAUCGGAAAGAAAUGAUGAAGAUCUUGAUAAGUGAAGCGCUGGAUGAUGCUGCGGAAAACUCAACCAAGGAGGAUCAAAAAGAAAGUAAAUGGGAUGAAUUUGGAUUCAGUCGAUCUCUUGAAGAUGAAACGGAAACUUCUCUCCUCUCAACUGCAUCCAGGUUACAGAAGAGAUCUUCAGAUAUUCUAUAUUCGCUGAGUCAGCAUAAAGCCUCUAUUGCCAUCAAGUGGCAGAACUACCUGUCAAUCAACAAAGAGCUUCAAGGAAAUCAAGAACUUAAAAUGUUGAUUCGAAUGGGAAUUCCACACGAGUUACGCCCACAAGUGUGGAGCUGGAUGGUGGAACGAAGGAUUUCUCAACUUAGGCACCGCUUGGACUCUGGUGGUUCAUAUUACUCCCAGUUAGUAGAAAGCAAAGAAGCGCAACUACCUUCCAAACAAAUUGAACUUGACCUGCUUCGAACUCUUCCCAACAAUCGUCAUUUUGCAUCUAUGGCGUGCAGUGGAGUGGAACAGCUGAGGAGAGUUCUGCGAGCGUACAGUGUUCAUAACCCAAGUAUUGGGUAUUGCCAAGGUCUUAACCGUGUAGCAGCUGUAGCGUUACUCUACCUGUGUGAGGAAGAUGCAUUCUGGUGUCUGGUGGCCGUGGUGGAACAGAUUAUGCCACCGGAUUAUUACAGCAUGACUCUCACUGCUUCACAGGCUGAUCAGAGAGUUUUCCGUGACUUAUUAGCUGAGAAACUACCACGGUUGCAUCGACAUUUUGAAGCAGCAAAUGUGGACACUUCGCUUAUUACUUUCAACUGGUUCCUCUGCAUAUAUUGUGAUAAUAUACCAGCUGAGACCAUGCUUCAUGUAUGGGAUGUGUUGCUAUAUGAAGGAAGCAAGGUCUUAUUCCGAUUUGGUCUUGCGUUUUUCAAAUCAGUGGAAGAAGAGAUUCUUCAAUUGAACGACUACAUCGCUAUUUUUAACUUCCUUCGUGUUAUGUCUCACCGCAUGCAUGAUGUCAGGUCAUUGACUCAGAUCGCCUUCCAAACUCUUAACCAUUUCCCGAUGCGUAAGAUUCACCGCCUUCGUGCGUUGCACCUCGAAAAAGUGAACGCCGAACUUCGGGAGUUGGAAAAUCUUCGGCGAGGAUUUGUGAGUGUGAGGAAGAAUGUACAGGAUGCUGAUGCUGAUAGUGAUGAGGACUCAUGAUCGUGAUUGUUUCAUGGACAUGACUGUUUCAUGAUCAUAAUUGGUUCGACUCAUGAUCAUGAGUGCUUCAUGAGCCUCAUGUUUAUUGUCUCUUCUUCUGUUGCUCCAUGCACUACAUAGGAUGAGGUUUGGUUAAUAAAAACCAAUGUUUUUUAAAGAAAUGUUACAUCUAUAGUUUUCAAAAUGAAUCUAUUUUUGAAUUAAUUUAACAUGAUGUGCUCCGCCCAGUUAGGCAUUACAUAAAACAACUACUAACUUGUGUUUUAUGCUUGCAUGAUUCCAUCUUUAUUGCAGUAUAUUACCCAACUUGCCAAAUGUUUUUUUAUUUAAAUUCUCAAAAAUUCGUGAAUUAUUAUGUAUUUCAUACAACCAGUGUAUUAUGUUAUAAUGUAUUUAUACCAAAUUCUUUGUUUUUUUGCAUUUUUAGUUUUAAUGGGCUUACCUAGCAUAGUGAUAUAGGGACUUCAAUCAGUCUGUAAAAUUUACACCAUAUAAUAUGUAUACAACCACAAUCACCCCAAACAACAAAAUUUUCAUCCUAUAAAGAAUGUAACAACUAAACAAAUUUGAAUCUAUAGCAAUACCAAGUAUUUGUAUAAAUAAUUGAAUAAUUUGGCUUUUACUGUAGUGCAAUAAUGAAUAACUAACAGUGCAAUAUAUCAACGUGAAACUAUGAUUUAUAAUCUUAUCAUAUACAUAACUUCCAUGCAUGCUACUUUCUCCAUAACAGAUUGUGUUGAAUAUAUUUGUAUACCAAUUUACCAUCAUUUGAUUAAAGUUUUGUUCCAAAA